AUGAUUGAUUAUUCGUACCUAGCUCCGCCAAAAGAGGCUAAUGAUAUUGUUCACUCUAACCAUUAUGUGAAGCAUCAAGAGUAGGAGAAGGGAGUUAGGAAAAUCUACGAAACAGUUGUUUAUGAUUAGUUUGAAAUGGAGAAGGUGAAGGAACUUAAGGAGGAGAUUAAGAAAUAGAAAAUAAUACUCUCUUCUGAUUGGAAAGAAAGCGAUUAUUUAAGAAUAAGCUAUGCUGGAAGAUUUGAUAAAAAGACAGUGAUUAAAAAACUUCAAUAACAUAUAGCUUGGAGAUGUAAUAAGAUUUAUCACGAAAUCAACUCUCAUUCAGAAUCAUUUUUAAAGGAAGGAAUCUGUUAUCUUUUGGGUAGAGAUAAAUAAUACAGACCUAUUGUCGUAUUGAAUGCCCAUUAAAUUGAUUAAAAAAAACAUGAUAAGGAAUAGAUCUUUUAAGCUUUGUCAUGUCUCUUAGGAAUAGUAAAAAAAAAUAUGUUUGUUCCAGGCAAGGUGGAAACCUGGGUCUUUCUAUUAGAGACUAAUAACCUGGGAGGUCAGGGUUUGUAAUAAAAAGUCUUGGAAGUAUUGAUCGAUAAUUUGAGCACUAAUUUUUCAGGUUACCUUGAAAGAAUGUUUGUUUUAAAUCCUUCAAGUGGAAUCAACUUUUUAUGGCAAUAAAUUAAAGCCUUUUUGGACGAAGAAACUAUUAAUAAAAUUAGUUUCCUCCCAUCUAAAGAAAUUAAAUAAUUAAAAGAAUUUAUUGAACCAAAUUAAUUAGAAGAAAAAUUCGGAGGCACUCACCCUAAUUUAACAAAAUUUUGGCCACCUUACAAUUUGGAUUUACCUGAUGGAUAUACAAAGAAGGAUAACAAAACUAAUUAAAAAUAGAAUAUGAAAAUUUCAAAUAUGAAGAUAGAAGAAGAAGAAGAAAAUGAUCCAUAUGAUUAAGUCGACUUUAAUCUCAAUGAUUUUAUGAAAUAGUAACAACAGAUUUAUUAUUCCAUUUCUAAUAAGCCAUAGUAAUCAAUUCAAAUCGAAGAUAAACCUGAAAAUCCAAGAUAGGAUUAAUCAGAAGAUAAUCCAUAAAUAGACUCUAAAUAACCGCAUAAUUAAGCUUAAUCUAAUAAUCAAAAACCUAUUUUAGAUGAGCCUGAAUAACCUGAAUUAUAGCAACAAGUAUUCAAUCAGGAAGAGGAAAAAAAAUAAAAUAUCCCUUAGAAUUAUGAAAUCAAAGAAAGCACUGAGUAAGUGAUUUUAACUGAAAGAUAAAAAAAUUAGCAAUAAUAAGGAAAUGACAAUGAAUAAGAUAAAUUGUCGCCUAGUGAUUAGUAAUAGUUUAACUCUACUGGAAAUAAACUAAACGAAGAAAAUAAUCCAGAUAAUAUUCCUAUUUAGCGUUUGGAUCCUGUGAAUAAUGACAAAGGAUGUUGUGCCAAAUGUGAAAUAUUUUGA